CUAAUUAAGAAUUAAUUAAUAAGAAUUCUUAUUAAUUAAUAAGAAUUAAUGGCUUGACAUAGAGUAGUUAGGUGAUUUCCUGAACUUUAAACUUCCACAUCACAGUAUAGGAUUGGUUCUAAGAUAAGAAAUAUAAUAAAUUCUUGCCCAAGGACAGACCUGAAUCUCUAGUUGCCUGGAGGCUGACUCAACUGAAAUCAUGGCGUUUAAUGGCACUUGGAAGGUACACCGGAGUGAAAACUAUGAUAAGUUCAUGGAAAAAAUGGGUAUUAAUUUAAUGAAAAGGAAGCUUGCAGCUCAUGACAAUUUGAAGCUGACAAUUACACAAGAAGGAAAUAAAUUCACAGUCAAAGAAUCAUGCACUUUUCGAAACAUUGAAGUUGUUUUUGAACUUGGUGUCACCUUUAAUUACAACCUAGCAGACGGAACUGAACUCAGUGGGACCUGGAGCCUUGAGGGAAAUAAACUUAUUGGAAAAUUCAAACGGACAGACAAUGGAAAUGAACUGAAUACUGUCCGAGAAAUUAUAGGCGAUGAACUAGUCCAGACUUACGUAUAUGAAGGAGUAGAGGCCAAGAGGAUCUUUAAAAAGGACUGAACAUUAUUCUUGGAGCACAGCCCAAAAUACAAAUUGGACAGAGGAUCUAUAUUGUACCAGAACUGUUUCUUUCACCCCAUCAAGUAUAAGGUUACUGACUGAUUGGUCCUUUUAUAAACAUUGGUAUAUUUCCAUUCGUGCCAAAGCAAAAGAAGUAAAAGCUAAUUAGGAUUUAAUUUGUUUUAUAUUCUCUAAGACAUAUAUUUACUAAAAGAAUUUGUGACAUUUUAAAAAACAAAAAUAAAUAUUGUGUCCAUGUUGCUUUA